UACGCGAUACCCCAGCAGCCUAUUUAUAAAGGAGUAAAAGAGGCGAUAAAUGCGCCAUUUCGUAUAGUAGUACUAAGUUUAGUUUGUUUCGCGUCGUGAUCGCUGCUUAUCGUGUGUGCGAAUACAUAAAAAAAAGAAGUAAAUAUGAAAGCGAUAAUCGCUAUCUCGAUGCUAGUCUCACUCGUGAUGGCAGCUCCUGCUCCAUCUGUGGUCGAUAGCGGAGUCGCGGCAUCUUCAGCUUCGGCAGCAACUUCAUCCAGCGCCCAACUUGUACAAAGCAACGUGAACUUACAAAACAGCGUAGACUCAUCAGUGGUUAGUCCUGUCGACCAGCAACCCGAAUCGGUCACUUCGCAAAUCGCCGUCCAGCAAGAAAUCCUACAAGUCAGUCAGGAUGCUCCGGUACCGCCUUCGUCGCCACCAUCAUCGCCUACUCAGUCGAACGCUCAGCCAGUUCCUGUUGUGCCCAUUGAUCCUCAAAAUGUGCAACUCCUCAAAGAAGCCAAUGCUCAGUACCAGUAUCAAAUCAACUCUAGAUACGAAGAGAAAACCAGACCAAUUUAUGGCGAUGUGUCUCCGCAACAUCAGCAGCAGUAUAGCAAUCAACCAUACCAAAGUACCAUGUACAUCGGACUUCCGCCCUCGUCAGCGGUAGCCUAUCCGUACUAUAAGGAAAACGUACAGUAUCAGGAGUUAGGCAAUGGCCAAAGACGUGCCGAAACCGUAGUCAAUGAUAAUGUACGAGCUCAGUAUGAAAAUCAAGACGCCUAUAAUCAUCAAAGAUCUCAAUCGUAUUUAGAAUACGGUAAAGGAGAAUUGUCCCCUGAUUAUAAUACCUAUUCGUAUAAAAGAACUUACUACUGAGCAUGUGAUUAGAUAGCAACACUGGUCAUUCUAAUGUUAAAUGUAUUUGUGUACCACUCGUUUCAACUUCAGUUAUACAUAUUUUUCUUUGCAUAUUUUCCUCUUCAUUUCUGCUUCGUGUCCCAUUACGUAUUUUUUGUUUCAAUAAUAAUGAUGUUUAUGAAAAAAUAAAGGUUUAAAUUUA